AUGGAAAAAUCAUCAUGCACCAAUGAAAAAAUCAUUGAUGUUAACAAUGACAACAACCCUUAUGUUACAUAUCAGAGUGAUGAUAAUUUUGAUCUAAAAGUUGGAAUGCUGGUUUAUAGUGAGGAAGAAGCUUAUAAUCUCUUCAAUGGGUAUGCUAUAAACAAAGGGUUUAGUGUGCGGAAAGGCAAAGUUCGGAGGUAUGAAGGCACAGGUGGUUUGCGACAACUCAUCUUUUUGUGUUCAUGUGAAGGAUUUAAAGAAGAUAGUUCACCUUUUGAAGAUAAAAAGUUUGAAAGAAUGCUAACUAGGACUGGUUGCAAAACUCGUGUUGUAUUUAAUGUGAAAAAUGGUGUUUGGGAAUCAGUUAAAUUCAUUUCUGAACAUAACCAUGCACUUGCAAAGCCUGAACAAAGACACUUGUUGAGGUCAAGGCGAAAGAUAUCCAGCACUAGUGCCGCUGUCUUGAGUUCCAUGUCCAAAGCAGGUAUAAGAGCAACCAAGGCAUACUCAUACUUAUCUAAAGAAGCCGGUGGAGUUCAAAAUGUUGGGUUCACAGAACGUGAUUAUCACAACUUUUUACAAUCCGAAAAAUCAAAAUCAAUAGAAGUAGGGGAUACUCAAGCUCUCAUUAAUUAUUUCAAGUCCAAGCAAUCAGAAAAUUCAAUGUUCUUUUACACAAUUCAAGUGGAUGAUCAAAAUUGA